AUGGAUGCAUAUAAGCCACCACCUACAUACGGUAAACCUCCACAACAAGGGCAGACACCACCAUCUCAAGGGCAAUAUCCACCUCCACAGCAAGGGCAGGCACCACCUUCUCAUGGUCAACAUCCACCACCUACAUAUGGACAGACCCCUCCACAACAAGGGCAAACACCACCUUCCCAAGGCCAACACCCGCCACCAACGAGCAGACCUCCUCCACAGCAAGGCCAAACACCACCCUCUCAAGGUCAACAUCCACCACCUACAUAUGGACAGACCCCUCCACAACAAGGGCAAACACCACCUUCCCGAGGCCAACACCCGCCACCAACGAGCAAACCUCCUCCACAGCAAGGCCAAACACCACCCUCUCAAGGUCAACAUCCACCACCUACAUAUGGACAGACCCCUCCACAGCAAGGGCAAACACCACCUUCUCAAGGUCAACACCCUCCACCAAAGCACAGACCUCCUCCACAACAAGGCCAAACACCACCCUCUCAAGGUCAACAUCCACCACCUACAUAUGGGCAGACACCACCUUCUAGUGGGCAUCAACCACCCUCCCGUGGACAGUAUCCACCUCCAAAACAAGGGCAUCAACCACCCAGUCGCGGACAGUAUCCACCUCCACAACAAGGGUAUCAACCACCUUCUCGGGGACAACAUCCACCACCUACAUAUGGACAGACACCUCCAGGACAAGGGUAUCAACCACCCUCUCGUGGACAGUAUCCACCUCCACAACGAGGGCAUCAACCACCUUCUCGAGGACAACAUCUACCACCUACAUAUGGACAGACACCUCCACAACAAGGGCAUCAACCACCCUCUCGUGGACAGUAUCCCCCUCCACAACGAGGGUAUCAACCACCUUCUCGAGGACAACAUCCACCACCUACAUAUGGACAGACACCUCCACAACAAGGGCAUCAACCACCCUCCCAUGGACAGUAUCCACCUCCACAACAAGGGUAUCAACCCCCUUCUCGUGGACAGAAUCCACCUCCACAACAAGGGCAUCAACCACCUACAUAUGGACAGCAUCCCCCACCUUCACCAUACGCCUUUUAAUUUCCUCCAACUUCAACAGUGAUGCCAAGUCCCCCGACAUAUCAGUACCCUUCUCCUCCUUCAUAUACCAACCUACAAUAAUCUAUUAAACAUACAUGACAUCGUUUCCAGUACAUCUCACCUUUUGCCCUAAUCCACUGCAUGUUUAAGUUUCAUGUUCGCCACUAAGAAAGAUAUCUAUGUAUUUCCGAAUCAGUUGCUGCUUGUAAUCUUGUAUUCAGUUUGCAAUAAUAAUAAUGGACCAUGCUUAUGUAAAUAUUUUCUUUGAAAUCUUAUCUAAGCUACUAAGCCAAUCACAUUCACUCUUUUUUUCCUAACAAAAAACAUUGAUGAAAGCAAUCAAAUAUAUUGGAUUAGGAUAUAAGGCAAGAUGUACUAAAAAUCACAUAUAUCCCUGAUCCAGUGCUCGACCGCAAUGUUUUAAGUCUACAUAGCUUUCAAUCAUUUCAAAAAUAAAAAUCUUCGUAUAAUCAGAUUGUACCGAAUCAUCACCCAAUACUUCAAAA